AUGCCGCGCCUGUACCUCAUCUCCAAGUGGGGCGACGUGCUGCUCGGCGCAACCACCGGCAUCUGGGGCUACUGGCUCUACGAGCGUCGCCUCCACCGUCCCGACGGCGAGCGCCUCGCCGACCUCGUCCGCUGGAAGCUUGACCAACGCGCGACCCUCGCCGCCCUCAAGGCGCCGGCCACCGCCACGAGCCAGGCCGACCAGGACGGGUGGGACGAGCUCGAGCGCGAGCUCAGGCUCAAGGAGCAGGACGCGCUGCGGCAGGGCGUACGGGCUUGA